CAAUCAAAGAGAAGUACACAGACUGGACAGAAUUCCUCAUUCGUGAUUUGACUGGUUCCCGGACGGCACCUGCCAACCUCCUGGAAGGUCCUCUGCGAGGGAAAGGCCCUAUAGACCUCAUUACAGUUGAUUCCUUAAUAGAACUUCAGGAUUCUCAGAGCCCUUUUCAGUACUGGAUAGUUAGUGUGAUUGAAAAUGUUGGAGGAAGAUUACGCCUUCGCUAUGUGGGAUUGGAGGACACUGAAUCCUAUGACCAGUGGUUGUUUUACUUGGAUUACAGACUUCGACCAGUUGGUUGGUGUCAAGAGAAUAAAUACAGAAUGGACCCACCUUCAGAAAUCUAUCCUUUGAAGAUGGCGUCUGAGUGGAAAUGUGCUCUGGAAAAAUCCCUUACUGAUGCCGCACACUUUCCUCUUCCAAUGGAAGUAUUUAAGUUCUCAUGAGCUGCAAUCUACAUUUCUGACUCCACUCAUCUGCCAGUGUUAAGUUGUGGACAUUUCAGUGAUGACUCCUACAUACAUCAAAGAGAUCUACAAGUAAGAAGCUGGAGUCCCCAGUUUGCCAGUUAAUUGAAACCAAGCAUUUUUCCCUGAGGGGAAUACCGAUGUGUAGCCCGGGGAAAGCGCACACUCCAUCUCACUUCACUCGCGACCACACCUUG